AUGGUGUCGUUUUCGUACUCGUAUUUGCGGAACAAUACGCCGCUCAGAUAUUACUCCGGUCGACUGUUAAUAGCGAGCUUGUUGCUUACGCUCAGCUCAGGCAACUAUGCUUUCGACAAUCAAGCUUUCGGGCAGACACAAGCCAUGGUACCCUUCCUGAGGCGGUUCGGCGAGCUCGGAGCCAACGGCAAAUACGCCCUACCUGCAGACUUCCUAUCUUAUUCGAAUGCUUUCCCUUUUACCGUACAAUUUUGUGGGAUCAUCUUCGGUAGUUUCAUCUCGGAAAGGUAUGGUCGCCGAAUGACCAUCUUCGUCAUGUCAAUCUGGGCGCUAUGCUGCGUUCCUAUCAUCCUCACUUCUCAAGGAAGGAGCCAGUUCUUGGCUGCCAGGUGUUUGAACUCUCUUUACAUCGGCAUGGAGAUGUCGACUAUUCCCGUGUUCCAGGGAGAACUCGUCCCCGGCCCUGUCAGAGGUCUAGCUGUGGCUAGUUACCAGAUGUCUUUUUCGGUCGGGGGUUUCAUCAUCUCGGGCAUCUGCAACCGGACGUCGAGGAUCAAUAAUGAUUGGGCAUGGAGAAUUCCCUUCUUGUGUUUUAUCGUCGUCCCGAGCGUCGUCGCCUCUCUGAUCUGGUUCCAACCAGAAUCCCCUCGAUGGUUGCUCAGCAAAGGACGAACGGAAGAAGCUCGCGUGUCUCUGAGGAGAUUGCGUAGAGGCAAUGACGAGGAGGUAGAAGUCGAAUUGCAAACCAUCAUAGAAGCUCUCGAAAAAGAACGAGCCGCACAACGUGGAGCCAAUGCCACGUACUGGGACAUCUUCAAGGGGACCAAUGCGAAGAGGACCAUGAUUUCCGUCCUGACCGGUUUCUUCCAGCAAGCUACGGGACAGGUUUUCUCUAGUCUCUACGGGCCUUUCAUCGUCUCGCAACUCGGCGCCAUGCCCACUUUCACCUUCACAUUGGUGAACACCGCUUUAGGCUUUGUAGCUCAACUCUUCACCUUGCUCUUCAACGAUAAGAUCGGAAGGCGAACGAUCAUGCUUGUUGGUGUCACUAUUCAAGGAAUCUCCAUGUUCAUCAUCGCGGCCACCGGAAGUCUGAGCAGCCAAACCGCUGCGAUCAAAUCCACGACCUUGACGUUCAUUAUUAUCUAUGGUAUCGGGUUCAGCGGAGGCUGGGCGCCGCUAUCUUACGUCGUCAUGGGCGAAGUUCCACAACAGACUUUGAGACAAAUGACCACCAGGACGGCUUUCGGGGUCACUCAAAUCACUCAAUUUGCCACCUUUCUCGUUGCCUUAUUUACUUUACGCUCCAUAUGCAAACCUGGGAAUGAAGGCUUGAACCUGGAGCAGAUCGAUGAAAUGUUCGAACAGGGCGUUACAGCCAGAAAAUCGGCGAAAUGGAGCGCUCAGAAACGACUCGAACAGGCCAACACAUCUUCCGGCUACGACGAAACCCUCGAAGCGGGUUCGAUCCCGAUGGGUACAAAGUCGGCCGAUGAAGACAUCAACAUGGACACAAAGGAGUCAGGCGUUCUACAUCUUGAGAACAGGGAUGCCAAAUGAAUGAUGACUAGGAUUGGCGCUACCGGACCGUCGAGUCGGAUGAUUGCGUAAAGGGUCAUGAUGUAUCGAUCAUUGAGACAGGAGUCAAGCUCGUGAUUGAGAAUUGAAAUUGAUGGCGGAAAUGUUUGUAUGAUCGAGC